AGGGGGGCGGGAGGAGGAGGGAGGAGGGGAAGGAGCAGGGCGGAGGGGCGCCGAGCGUGUGUCACUCGCUCUCUCCCUCUGUGUCUAGAGGAUGUGCUGAAUGGUGCGCCGGGAGGCGGCGGCGGCCGAGGAGCAGUAUCCGGCGGCGGCUGGCAGCCCAGGCUGCCCGGCUCGGCGGCUCUUCGCCCUCCGAGGCUCCGCAUCCACCGCGGGCGCCCGACCCCGCGUCCCGCCCGGGCAUGGCCGGGCGCCUCGCCCCCGCGCGCCCCGCCUGCUGAGCCGCGCCGGAGGAGGUGCGGAGGCCGGGAGGCCGGGGGAGGCCCGCGCGGGAGCAGAGGCGAGCGCCUCCGGAGCCGAGGAAGGAGCCCGCGCCCCGCGUCCCGUCCCUGCCGCGCUCGCCCGGGCCGCCCGGAGCCCAGAUGAGCCCUGAUGGCCGGGGCUCAGCCCGGAGUGCACGCUCUGCAACUCAAGCCCGUGUGCGUGUCCGACAGCCUCAAGAAGGGCACCAAAUUCGUCAAGUGGGAUGAUGACUCCACUCUUGUUACUCCAAUUAUUUUGAGGACUGACCCUCACGGAUUUUUCUUUUACUGGACAGAUCAAAACAAGGAGACGGAGCUGUUAGACCUCAGCCUUGUCAAAGAUGCCAGAUGUGGGAAACACGCCAAGGCUCCCAAGGACCCCAAGUUACGGGAACUUUUGGAUGUGGGGAACAUCGGGCGCCUGGAACAUCGCAUGAUAACCGUGGUGUACGGACCUGACUUAGUUAACAUCUCCCAUUUGAAUCUCGUGGCUUUCCAAGAAGAGGUGGCCAAGGAAUGGACAAAUGAGGUUUUCAGUUUGGCAACAAACCUGCUGGCCCAGAACAUGUCCAGGGACGCAUUUCUGGAAAAAGCCUAUACUAAACUGAAGCUGCAAGUCACUCCGGAAGGACGCAUUCCUCUCAAAAACAUAUACCGCUUGUUCUCAGCAGACCGGAAGCGAGUCGAAACUGCAUUAGAGGCUUGUAGUCUUCCAUCUUCAAGGAAUGAUUCGAUACCUCAAGAAGAUUUCACUCCAGAAGUGUACAGAGUUUUCCUGAACAACCUGUGUCCUCGACCUGAAAUUGAUAACAUCUUUUCCGAAUUUGGUGCCAAAAGCAAACCAUACCUUACGGUUGAUCAGAUGAUGGAUUUUAUCAACCUUAAGCAGCGAGAUCCCCGGCUAAAUGAGAUACUUUACCCACCUUUAAAGCAAGAGCAAGUCCAAGUGUUGAUUGAGAAGUAUGAACCCAAUAACAGCCUCGCCAGAAAAGGACAGAUAUCAGUGGACGGAUUUAUGCGCUACCUGAGUGGGGAAGAAAACGGAGUCGUUUCACCUGAGAAACUGGACUUGAAUGAAGAUAUGUCUCAGCCCCUUUCUCACUAUUUCAUUAACUCCUCACACAACACCUACCUCACAGCUGGCCAGCUGGCUGGAAACUCCUCCGUCGAGAUGUAUCGUCAAGUGCUCCUGUCUGGUUGUCGCUGUGUAGAGUUGGACUGCUGGAAGGGACGGACUGCAGAAGAGGAGCCAGUCAUCACGCAUGGGUUCACCAUGACCACAGAAAUAUCCUUCAAGGAAGUAAUAGAAGCGAUUGCAGAGUGUGCAUUUAAGACGUCACCCUUCCCAAUUCUGCUUUCAUUUGAGAACCAUGUGGAUUCCCCAAAGCAGCAGGCCAAGAUGGCGGAGUAUUGCCGACUGAUCUUCGGGGAUGCCCUUCUCAUGGAACCACUGGAAAAGUACCCACUGGAAUCUGGAGUUCCUCUUCCAAGCCCUAUGGAUUUAAUGUACAAAAUCUUAGUGAAAAAUAAGAAGAAAUCACACAAGUCAUCGGAAGGAAGUGGCAAAAAGAAGCUCUCGGAACAAGCCUCCAACACGUGCAGCGACUCCUCCAGCGUGUUCGAGCCCUCGUCCCCGGGAGCCGGAGAAGCAGAUACGGAGAGUGAUGACGACGAUGAUGAUGAUGACUGUAAAAAGUCUUCGAUGGAUGAGGGGACCGCUGGGAGUGAAGCCAUGGCCACGGAAGAGAUGUCUAAUCUGGUGAACUAUAUUCAGCCCGUCAAGUUUGAAUCAUUUGAAAUUUCAAAAAAAAGGAAUAGAAGUUUUGAAAUGUCUUCCUUCGUGGAAACUAAAGGACUUGAACAACUCACCAAGUCUCCAGUGGAAUUUGUAGAAUAUAACAAAAUGCAGCUAAGCAGGAUAUAUCCAAAAGGAACCCGCGUGGAUUCCUCCAACUACAUGCCUCAGCUCUUCUGGAACGCAGGCUGCCAAAUGGUUGCACUUAAUUUCCAAACCGUAGACCUGGCAAUGCAAAUCAACAUGGGCAUGUAUGAAUACAACGGCAAGAGUGGCUACAGACUGAAGCCGGAGUUCAUGAGGCGGCCUGACAAGCAUUUUGAUCCUUUCACCGAAGGCAUCGUGGAUGGGAUAGUGGCCAACACCUUGUCUGUGAAGAUUAUUUCAGGUCAAUUUCUUUCUGAUAAGAAAGUCGGGACUUAUGUGGAAGUGGAUAUGUUUGGUUUGCCUGUGGACACAAGGAGGAAGGCAUUUAAGACCAAGACAUCACAAGGAAAUGCCGUAAAUCCUGUCUGGGAGGAAGAACCCAUUGUUUUCAAAAAGGUAGUUCUUCCUUCCCUGGCCUGUUUGAGGAUAGCAGUUUAUGAAGAAGGAGGUAAAUUUAUUGGUCACCGGAUCUUGCCAGUACAAGCAAUUCGACCAGGCUAUCACUACAUCUGCCUGAGAAAUGAGAGGAACCAGCCUCUGACGCUCCCAGCUGUCUUUGUCUACAUAGAGGUGAAGGACUAUGUCCCAGAUACAUAUGCAGACGUGAUUGAGGCUUUGUCAAAUCCAAUCCGAUAUGUGAAUCUGAUGGAACAGAGAGCUAAGCAACUGGCUGCUUUGACAUUGGAAGAUGAAGAAGAAGUAAAGAAAGAGGCCGAUCCUGGGGAAACACCAUCAGAAGCUCCGAGUGAAGCCAGGACAACUCCGGCAGAAAAUGGGGUGAAUCACACUGCAUCCCUGACACCCAGACCACCCUCCCAGGCUCUCCACAGCCAACCAACUCCAGGUUCCGUAAAGGCACCUGCUAAAACGGAAGAUCUCAUUCAGAGUGUUUUAACAGAAGUGGAGGCGCAGACAGUUGAAGAGCUGAAGCAACAAAAGUCGUUUGUGAAACUUCAGAAGAAGCACUACAAAGAAAUGAAAGACCUGGUUAAGAGACACCACAAGAAAACCACUGACCUCAUCAAAGAACACACUACAAAAUACAACGAAAUCCAGAAUGACUAUCUGAGAAGGAGAGCAGCUUUGGAAAAGACAGCCAGAAAGGACAGUAAGAAAAAAUCGGAACCCAGCAGCCCUGACCACGGGUCGUCGACGAUUGAGCAGGACCUCGCUGCCCUGGACGCCGAAAUGACCCAAAAGUUAAUAGACCUGAAGGACAGGCAGCAGCAGCAGCUGCUGAAUCUUCGGCAAGAACAGUAUUACAGUGAAAAGUACCAGAAGCGAGAACAUAUUAAGCUGCUUAUUCAAAAAUUGACGGAUGUUGCUGAAGAAUGUCAGAAUAAUCAGUUAAAGAAGCUCAAGGAAAUCUGUGAGAAAGAGAAGAAGGAAUUAAAGAAGAAAAUGGAUAAAAAGAGACAGGAGAAGAUAACAGAAGCUAAAUCCAAAGACAAAAGCCAGAUGGAGGAGGAAAAGACAGAGAUGAUCCGGUCAUACAUUCAGGAGGUGGUGCAGUACAUCAAGAGGUUAGAAGAGGCACAAAGUAAACGGCAAGAAAAACUCGUAGAGAAACACAAAGAGAUCCGGCAGCAGAUCCUGGACGAAAAGCCCAAGCUGCAGGUGCAGCUGGAGCAAGAGUACCAAGACAAGUUCAAAAGGCUGCCCCUGGAGAUUCUGGAGUUCGUGCAGGAAGCCAUGAAAGGGAAGAUCAGUGAAGACAGCAAUCACAGUUCUGCCCCUGCCCCUCUGGCCUCAGACCCUGGAAAACUGAACCACAAGCCUCCUUCCGGGGAGGAGCUGGAAGGAGAAAACCCAGGAAAAGAGUUUGACACUCCUCUGUGAGUGUUCCUGCCAAGCCUUCAGAGCACGCAUGGCACCCCGCCCCCCCCCCCCCCCCCCCGCCCCAGCUCCAUCGGACUCUCUCUUCUUACAAAGAUCACUGCCCAGGAGCACCCUCCUGAGAAGCAUCACUUAGAUUAAAAUCCACACCGGAGGGAGAGUUCCAGAAGGAUCCAUGCAGCUUCCCCUUGCCCGGCGCCAUGUGUCAUGUGGAAACUACUGCAGGUCUGCUAGUGAAGGGUGCAUGUAUGUGGGGUUCUGGCUUUCUCUCCAAUAGUCAAUUCAAAGCAGGCAACUUCCAGACUCUGUGGAACAUUUAACGAAAGACAGUGUCUUCUUGGAAGAAAAUCAAGCUCGUGUUUUUAUUUGAAGCUCUGGUGUAAAGUAUGUCAAAGUAAUAGAAAUAGUUUGAGAAAUGCAUCGCACUAUUUAACACUAUUGAACCGCCAACUUUGAGCAUUUUUUUUUGUCCUAACUGCCCCUCAGCUACCAUAUCUUCCAGUUAACGUGUGUAUUAAAAUUGUUUCACCCUUUGCUUUGCAAGCACUGGAGGCUUGCAGUUUGCUAAUUUAUUUAUCAUAGAGGCAUCAGUGUAUUUGUUGCUGACAUGGCUUUAUCAGAGACCAUAGUGAUUCAGAUAAGCUGGUUUUCCAUCCUGAUUGUGUCCUUGGCCAGUGAAGCCAUCCCCAGACUUGGAACAUGGCUUGUACAUUUGGCUGCGUGAGCAAGUUGGCCACACACUUCUAGGUGGUGUGCUAUCCAAGUCGACUACUUGCACUCAAAGUCUGGGUAUUCAUUGGUCAUUGGUCUAAAAUAAUUAAACAACUACAAAGAUCUGUUCCAUUGAAUAAAAAUAGUUGAGCUGAUGUAUGUUGCUCAGAGAUUCAAUCAGAACGAAGAGCUUCCAGCGGUUAUUUUGCUGUCUUUUUUUUUUUUUUAUGGUUCAUUUAUCUUUUAAUAUAGAGAUAAAGAUUGAAUAUUUAUCUAGAGAAUACACAGCCCCACACAUAAAUGAUAUAUAUUAUCUCCAUGUAUAUAUGUAUGCACUCAGCCAUAUAAGUACAUACACAUACACCACACACACACACACACACACACACAUAUUCAUAAAAGUGUGGAUAUUUGUUUCUUAAUUGGCAGUGACCCAAAUCUCUUCCACAAGACUUAAAACCAAAUUCAAGGAUAGAGAAGAAAAUGGUCAAAUAUCUAGACUAUGUGAAUAUUAAAUUAUAUUGAAAUUCUAAGAAAUAAUUGAUGGAGCCGUUGCUGCAAGUUGAGGUAGAUUGAGAACUUAGAAUAAGACUUUGAUGUAUAUUUUGUAGGAUCGAAAACUGGAUUUUUCAGUAUCAGACUUUAAGCUUGUUUUAUUGGUGAGAAUAUACAAAAAUGUAUAGGACGGCAAUAUGGAAAUUUAUUAGUAUCUUCCAUAAUUUUUAAGUCUGAAAAAUUACGACUUACUUCUAACAUUAAAAAUAUCUUUCAUUAUAUAUUUACUAUGUACAUUUAAUUCACUUAACUGUCUUUUUGUUAAGUACCUAUGUUAAAUGGCAUAAGAGAAAAAAUUAUAUUAUGGUAAAACUGAUCAAAAACACUAUUGAAAGGUCUUAAGUAAGAGAGAAUAAUUAUAUAGAGGAAAAAUAUAAUUUAGAGAGUAACACAGAGGACACUGAAGUUCAAGCCCUAAAGCAAGCUGUUCACAGUUUUAUUUUACUUUAAAAUAAACCUGUCUGAUUGUAGCUUAGCAAAACAUUUUCAAACACAAAAGCUAGUUGUGUCCUGAAAAUUGUGUUUUAAGAAUUUAAUAUUUUUAUGAAAAUUGUUCUAUUUAACUUUAAGCAAUAACUAGAGAUCACAAUUAAGUUUUAAUCAAAAUGAAGGCUUAGUUCAAAUAUUAGAAAGGAAUGUUUGAUUAAAAAAACAUCUAGUGAGACACAAGGGGAAAAAAAAAUCCCAUCCCCUUUGGAGAUGAUUAUAUUUUGAUCUAAAGGAUUUGGGGUGUUAAUUAGACACUUAAUAAAACUUAACUUCCACUGAAUGAGGAAUCUUUUGUAAAUCAUUCUACUUUUGCACUUUGAACGAAAGGCAUUAAAUCAGAAGGAAGCAAGAAUGGUCACAAUCGAAUGCUGCAUUUUUAUAAACAAAAUUACAGUCUGUCUAAAAUUGCAGAAGAAUGAACUAGUAAUAAUAGCAUUAAUAACCAAACACAGUGGUGAUUACUACAGAGCAGUGUAUCACAUUUUAGUCCAGAGAUAGACUAAAGCUGAAUAACCUUGACUUACACCAAACUGUUUUGGUAGUUGAAUUUCAUUAUCUUAGCGACUCUAGUCAUUUUGCAAUACGUUUGUAUUUGGCCAUUUCCUGUAAUCACAUUUUUCUAUCUGUACAAUGACAGUUUUUGCAGUUGUGGGGUAGUGUGUAACACUGUCCGUCUUGCAUCAUUGAAACUACUACAGUGAUACUAUCAUUGAAUAAUAUUCAUAUUACUUGAAAUAAAGUAAGAUAAAGAAAAAAAGGGUCUAUAUGAUGUGCAGUUUUGUGCCUUUAUGUAUUUGCCUUGUUCUUUGUUGAAUGUGUGAAACUCUGUACUGUGGUUUUGCCUAUGAUAGAGAGUAGAGCUGUGUGUUAAAUUAGACUGCGCCCCUCUGAUAUCCUUACACUACUGAGAAUAGCGUGCUUUUUGGCCGUGUAAACCAGUUUUCGAAGUUCUACUGACAUGCCAUGUGUUUUUGGUUUUUAACACUUCAUUUGAGCAUUUCAAUAUCACCAUACAUGAAUUAGUACUCCUGUGAUAGAUAAGCAGUCAUUCUAUAAUUCCAAAAGAAAGGGCCAUCGCUUGCAUUACUUUGAAUUUAAUGUUGCACUUGUGCACUGUAUAAAUAUUGUUUGUGAUGGAUUGAACCUUGUGACUUUUGCCUUUUCAGGAGAAAAAAAAAAAGAUAGGACAAAGUAUUUGAAGCUCUUAAAAUGUACAUAUUUUGGUUCUUCUAUCUCAAAUUAUUUAAAAGGCAUAAUUCACAUUUUUGUAAUAAUUCUAUGCAAUUUUGUGGCAUGAUGUUUCUUCCACUUGUAAUUUUAUGUGCUUUCAUCACAAAUCCAAAGGAAACAAUAAAAGAUUUCUUAACACAA